ACCUUUCUUCCUCGGGUCUGUAUAGGAGAGACGAGCCCUACCAUCUUUCUCAUCUCUUCCACAGCUAACGAGGAGGUCUCCGCUCGAGUUCUCUCGCUCAGCAAUGGAGAUGAGAAAGAUCGCCUGUGCCGUCCUCAUCGCUGCCGCCUCGGCCACCACCACCCUGGCAGCCGAGGCCCCUGCCCCUGGCCCCGCCAGUGCUUCCUUCGCCAUCAACCCCGCGGUGGGGGCCGCGAUCGGGGCCUCCCUCCUCUCCUUCUUUGCCUUGUACCUGCAGUAGCCUCACAAGAACAAAGAAAGAAGGAAGGAAGCAGCAGCAGCCGCCUCAUUCAGGGAGGGUUUGCUGUAUAAUGGUUCUUGUCGUUGACAUCGAUCCGUAUUCUUUCGUUGUUGUUCUCCUACUGCCAUUUCUUUCUAAUUUAAUUGAUGUCAAAGAGGAUACGGUGCGUGGUGUUCGUACUAGUGCGAUUGGUUAUGAACCACAAGAAAUAAAAUCCAUAAUUGGCUACGUACUUA